GCGCGUUUAAAGUUGUGAUUUUUUUGGGUAGAUUUAACGCGUCGUAUUGUAAUAAUAAUAAUUACCCAACGAAAUAGAAGACGAAUGUUUAUAGCGCGCCAGAAAGCACAACAACUAACAACACAAAUACUACCUUUGGCUGAAACAGUUUAAAGACAAAAGUUUUCAGUGUGUUUCCGUUUUGGCCUCGUGAAAGUUUCCACACUGCGUGCCACACGGUUAACAAAUUACUAAAAUGGCCAACACGAACGUUAAAAUCAUCGAAUCGAAACUCGACUUGUUUCAAGCACCACGAAACUAUGCAUUGGCACACGCCGUUGAAUCAUCAUUCAGUGCAAUCCGAGGCACACUCCCCUGGCAAUUCGCCCUCAUCUUUGGCGAUGUGGAUGAGCUGAGGCAGCGGAGAGUCACCAGCGGCAACUGCGUCGUAUUGGAGCACAAUGCACGAUUUGUUUAUUAUCUGGUCACCAAGGCGAAUCUCUAUGCCACGAGCACAUAUGAUGAUGUCCAAGCGGCAUUAGUUUGCCUGCGAGAGCAUAUGCGGAAUCAUGAAAUCACCAAAGUGGCCAUGCCACGCAUCUGUUGUGGCAACAACGAUGGCCUCGAUUGGAAGCAAGUGAAGCGCAUUAUGCAGCAAAUCUUUGCCCACAGCGAGUAUCCCAUCGAAAUACUGAUCUGUGAGUAUGACGACAUCUCAAAAGAGCUGGCUGUGCCCAAGUGUCAGAUUACCGAGGCCAAGGGAAAUUUGUUUAGCGCACCGGAAAACUUUGCACUGGUUCAUUCCGUUAGCGCUGACUUUGCCAUGUGCGCUGGCAUCAAUUUGCAGUUCCGUUGCAAGUUUGGCCAUGUGGAUGAUCUGAAGAAGCAGCACAAGCACACGGGAAAUGUGGCUGUAUUGGAGCAAGGCGGUCGCUACAUUUACAAUCUGGUUACCAAGGAGCGGGCACACGAGAAAUGCACCUACACGGCAUUGUACUACGCACUGUUGGCCAUGCGUGAACAUAUGCGUGAGCACAAUGUAACCAAGUUGGCCAUACCACGACUGGGUUGUGGCAUCGAUCGUCUGGAUUGGCUGCGUGUGCGCAGCUUGUUGGAGCUGGUCUUUGUCGGCGAUAGCGUGGACAUCAUUGCCUUCUUCUAUGAGCCGCCCAGCAUGGAUCGGGAUACCAUCAAGGUCAUGUGCCCCACCUGUCACCACAUGAAGCUCAUGCACUUGCCGCGCAGCGUCAGCUCAUCCCGACAGUCGCUCUACAGAGAGAAGACUCCAAUCUAGGCAGAAAGGAUAACUUUUGAUUAUUGUAUAUAUAUAUAUAUAUUUAUUUAUAACACCAAGCGGUAUCGUUUGCAUGGGAUUAUUUGGACUUGAACACAGCACCAGAUGCACGCACCGUUACUUAUCUAGUUGUUAAGAGUUUUGGAUAAAGACAUAUUUAUGGAUAUUUAUGUAAUUUACGAGUACAAUGUAAAGCAAAUAAAAGACACCGCCAUUUGGCUGACAAUUCAAAUUAA